AUGGGACCAAAAAACUCACAAAAAGAGGUGAUGGGACCCUUUGAGAAAUAUCAAACUCACAUGGGUAUUGCAACAUUGAUCCCAAAAACAAAGAGUAAUCAACCAUCAAUCAUCCAUCAUCAUCAACCUCAUCCCAUUAUCACAUGUAUUUUAUGACUAAAUGACGUGAUUUUGUUAGCCAAUAUAUACCCAACGAAAUAAGGCCACUUUUGACACAGAGUAGAGAGUCACUUUGAAAGGGGGCGCAUUUCCUUCCUUUUAGCCAUCAUGCUCUUCUCUCGUUCUUCACUGUUUUCAUGGAUUUCGCCCCUGUUUCUCGUGACCCUUUUAGCCAUUGCUGAAAUUGGUUUGGUAGUCUCUAAACCUCCAAUCAAAAUUGGCCAAGGCUAUCAACUGAUUUCUGUAGAAGAAUCAUCUGAUGGUGGAAUUGUAGGCUUGCUCCAAGUCAAGAAGAAAAACAAUGUUUAUGGUCCCGAUAUCCCUUACCUUCAGCUCUAUGUCAAGCACGAAACAGGGAACCGGUUGAGGGUUCACAUUACUGAUGCAGAGCAACCAAGGUGGGAAGUUCCAUAUGACGUAAUUCCCAGAGAUAAACCAGCAGCAUUGAAGAAACCCAUCUUUAAGUCAAGAAAGAACCAGAAUUCAGUGCUCCCUUUAGCAUCAUCACAGUAUGAAACUGGAACCAAUGAGCUCAUUUUCAGCUACAAGACUGACCCUUUCAGUUUUGCAGUGAAAAGAAAAUCAGAUGGCCAGACCCUCUUUGAUUCCACCUCUGAUGAUUCAGACCCUUACAGUAAUUUAGUGUUCAAGGACCAGUACCUUGAGAUUUCAACCAAAUUGCCAAAAGAUGCAUCACUGUAUGGCCUUGGGGAGAGCACAAAACCCCAUGGGAUUAAACUUUACCCUAAUGCUCCACUCACAUUGUUCACCACUGAUGUAUCUGCCAUUUACCUGAAUACUGAUCUGUAUGGGUCCCACCCCAUGUACAUGGACUUGAGGAAUGUGAAAGGGGAAGCCUUUGCCCAUUCUGUUCUGUUGCUGAAUAGUAAUGGGAUGGAUAUUCUUUACAGGGGAGAUUCAUUGACAUACAAAGUGAUUGGGGGUGUGUUUGAUUUUUACUUCUUCUCUGGCCCUUCACCAUUGGAGGUUGUUGAUCAGUACACUUCAUUCAUAGGUCGCCCUGCUCCAAUGCCUUAUUGGGCUCUUGGUUUUCAUCAAUGCAGAUGGGGCUACCAUAAUUUAUCUGUAGUUGAAGAUGUUGUUGAGAACUACAAGAAGGCCAAAAUCCCACUUGAUGUCAUCUGGAAUGACGAUGAUCACAUGGAUGGCCACAAGGACUUCACACUAAAUCCAGUGAAUUAUCCUCGUCCCAAGCUAUUGGCAUUUUUGGACAAAAUUCAUGCGGAGGGCAUGAAGUACAUUGUAAUCAAUGAUCCUGGCAUUGGCGUAAAUGAGAGCUAUGGCACGUAUCAAAGAGCUAUGGCGAAUGAUGUCUUCAUCAAAUACGAGGGAAAGCCUUUCCUCGCCCAAGUCUGGCCUGGAGCCGUUUACUUCCCCGAUUUCCUCAACCCAAAGACGACUGAAUGGUGGAUUGAUGAAAUUCGCCGCUUCCAUGAACUUGUUCCUAUUGACGGCUUAUGGACUGACAUGAAUGAAGUUUCUAAUUUCUGCAAUGGCUUGUGUACAAUUCCAAAAGGGAAACAGUGCCCCUCUGGAACUGGACCAGGUUGGGAAUGCUGCUUAGACUGCAAGAACAUAACCAAAACCAAAUGGGAUGAUCCGCCUUACAAGAUAAAUGCUUCAGGAAUCCAAGCGUUACCAGGAUACAAAACCAUUGCCACAAGUUCACUUCAUUAUAAUGGAGUCAGGGAAUAUGAUGCCCACAGCAUAUAUGGACUCACUGAAGCAAUUGCAACUCACAAAGGUCUUCAAGCACUUGAGGGAAAGCGACCGUUUAUCUUGUCUCGCUCAACUUUUGUCAGUUCUGGCCAUUAUGCAGCACAUUGGACAGGGGAUAACAAGGGCACUUGGGAAGAUUUGAAAUAUUCAAUCUCUACAAUUUUAGAUUUUGGUUUGUUUGGAGUUCCAAUGGUAGGUUCAGAUAUAUGUGGAUUUUAUCCAGCUCCAACGGAAGAGCUUUGCAACCGAUGGAUUGAGCUUGGCGCUUUCUAUCCCUUCUCAAGGGAUCACGCAAAUUUCUACUCCCCAAGACAGGAGCUUUAUCAAUGGGAUACAGUUGCUGAAUCAGCUAGAAAUGCUCUGGGAAUGAGGUACAAGUUGCUUCCAUAUUUCUACACAUUGAACUAUGAAGCACAUAUCAGCGGCGCGCCAAUUGCUCGACCAGUAUUUUUCUCUUUUCCAACACACACCGAAUUUUAUGAUUUGAGCACCCAAUUCUUGCUAGGAAGCAGCGUCAUGGUUUCGCCAGUACUAGAGGCUAACAAAACCGAUGUCACAGUGCUGUUUCCGCCUGGCAGCUGGUAUAGUCUAUUUGAUUUGACACAGGUUAUCGUGUCAAAAGAAACUCAUUCCGUUACAUUGGAUGCUCCUCUGCAUGUUAUCAAUGUGCAUGUGUAUCAAAAUGCCAUAAUACCAAUGCAGCAGGGUGGCUUGAUAUCUAAACAAGCAAGGAUGACUCCUUUUAGCCUCAUCGUUGCCUUUCCUUCUGGAGCUGCUGAGGCACAGGCCAAAGGAAAACUUUUCCUUGAUGAUGACGAGCUUCCAGAGAUGAAACUUGGCGGAUCAUCAUCCUCAUACAUUGAAUUCUACGCAACAGUAAGUAAUGCAACAGUGAAAGUGUGGUCGGAUGUUCAAGAAGGCAAGUUUGCAUUAGACAAUGGUUGGACCAUUGAAAAAGUUAGUGUCUUGGGGUUGGAUGCAGUUCAUAUUAGUUCACUUGGAAUUGAGGUCGAAGGCGAAACCAAUUCAGAUGCCUCCCAAGUGGAACUUUCACAGACACAACAUAAUUUCAUUACCAAGAUGGACGAUGAAACUGAUGAACUGAGGACUGGCAUGAUGGUUGAGGUUAAAGGGUUGAAAUUGCCUCUUGGUAAACAGUUCACCAUGUCCUGGAAGAUGGGAGCCUAAAUUUAAAAAACAGACGCUUGGUUGUUCAAAGUUGAUCAUUUAGUCCACUUGUUUGUAAUUGGUAGGAAGGGAAGAAAUGUCCCUCAGAAAUUGUUAUUUUGCUUUAAAGGGUGUUGUUGAUGGAAAAGAGAUGGCUGAAGUUGUGCUCAUCCUUUUCCAAAAUAGGAAAAAUUCAAGCCUUCAAAAUGAGUGGAAAUUGUUCUUGGUGGAUGGUGAUAAUGCGAGUAUCGUAUUAAUGAAUAAUCAGAAGCUUCUGUUACAAUCUCAGACAUUGUCAAUUCACUUGAGCUUUCUAUAAAUAAUUUAAGAAGCUGACUAAAUUCGGAUGUAAUCCCUAUUUAUAGAACACAGAAAAUUCGUUUAUAAAGUGUUGC